AUGGCCGCCAACGAUAAGAAGGUUACUCAGAUCACGAUUGAACGACGAAGCUCCAAAGACUCCAUCGACGUCAGGACACCACGCACAGCACGCUUCGCCGAAGCAACAUCAGUCUACUCGCCGGUUGAUCCUCCUCGGUCACCUGUCGAGUACCCUACAAACCACUACAAGCCACAACCCCAGAUCGCAGACACAGGCUUCGGCUACAUGCAAUCCGUCGAGAUGGAGGAGACCGACCGGAGGUACCUUCCUCCACCAACACCAAAGACUCCGCUCAAGAGUGCGUUGAAGUCGCCCGGUGCUCCCCCACGGACACCAGGUGCAAUUUCAAUCAUGAGCCCUACCUUCCGGGAAGAGCAUCAGCUUGAGAAGCGGGAAGCAAUGACCGACAAGGAGCAAGCAAAGGACUUGAAAAUCAAAGUUCGCGUACGACUAGCAAAGAUCUUCCUACGGGGUAUCAACUUUGCCUGCUCGCUCAUCGUUCUUGCCAUGGUCGCAAGUGCUUUCGCCAUCUUCAACGCCACAAAGAGUCUCGCACCGAGAAACGGUCUCCCACCAUGGGCCGACAACACCAAAGUCUGGCCUCAAAUCCUUCUGCUCUCCAUCGCCUGUGUUUCCCUGGUCAUGUCCAUCUUUGUCAUUAUCGCCUACUGGAGAGGAGGUCAUCAUCGAGCCGAAAAGGUUGCCGCGUACUACACUGUCUUUGCUGUUGGAUUCUUCAUCUUCAGCAUUGUUAUGUGGGGUGUUGGUGCAGCCGUCUUCAACCAAAGCAAAGCUCAGAACAACAACAAGGAUAUGUGGGGUUGGUCCUGCGUUGACAACAAGCGACGACAUCUCUUUGAGGAUGACAUUGCCUAUGGCCUUGUCUGCCGUCUCCAGAACUGGGCGCUUGUCUGCUGCAUCAUCGAAGUCGUAAUCGAAGUUCUUGUCAUCGCCAUCUACGGUAUUGUCUUUUAUCGCUUCUGGUCCAAGCGCAAGCUUCGCAAGUCCAUGGCCAUGCGCGACCGCGCCCGAUCUGAUCUCUACCUUGCCCAGCUCCGCUCACAAUCCGCACCCAACACCCCUGGCUUCGGUCCCAUGUCUCCUCGCUCCGGCGGCUGGCGCCCACCUCCAGGCCACCCAAUGUACGUCGACCCGCACUCUGCAGCCGAAGCUGGUGAGAGCGACAAAGUACAAUACGCAUACGCGCGCGAGAUUGCUCAACCCCAGCCAUUCACGCUUCAGGCUCCACCUAUCAAGGUUACUGGUGCGACACCAAGAAUGGAGCAAGAUGGCUUUGACUCUGCACCAGUACGGACAGGCACUGUAUCGCCGCCACUACCAUCCCCGGGAUUCCAAGAAAGGAGGAACGAGCACGUUGAUGCUGCACCAGGUGAACAGCAGUACGCUGCUGUUCCCAUUCCCGGUGCCUACACACCACUAGCAUCACCAUCAUACCCACCACCACAGCAACAACAUCCCACUGGCUUUGACUUUGGGUCAUCAGUGACCGGUCAGCGAUAA